AUGGCGUUAGAGUGGGUGGUUGUGGGCGCGGCGGCCGGCGCAGAGGCGGUGAUGGUCAUUCUACUCACCCUUCCGGUAGGGAAUCCUCUCCGGAAGGGUCUAAUCUCCGGCAGCCGGAGCCUCCUUAAGCCCUUCCUCUCCGUCGUCCCCUUCUGCCUCUUCUUGAUCCUCGACAUCUACUGGAAACACGAUGCUCGCCCUCGGUGCAAGUUGACGGGGGAGGCGUGCACCGCGGCGGAGCUUUUGCGGUACCAGAAGGCGGUGGUGAAGAGCCAGCGGAAUGGGCUGCUGGUGGGCGCCGCCUUGGUGUUCUACUGGCUGCUCUACUCCGUCACGCACAUGGUGGCGCGGAUGGAGAAGCUGAGUGAGCGAGUUGAGAAGCUCGAAAACCAGGAAUGAGUUGACCCGGUCGAGUCCAGAUGUUUUGAGAAUUCUAUUCGAUCCAUUAAUA